AUGACUACAUCAUCACAUCAUUUACCAGCUGAUGAGAAAGUUGAUUUAGCUGUCGAAUUGCAAGUGAGGACGCUCUUUCUAAAGUACUUGGUCCAAAGAAUAGUGGACGAUUACAAGAGAUUGGAGUUUCAGGAAAAGCAAAGUGAAGAAUUAUCUGACAUUCAACAACCGUCUCCAUCGAGUGUAAACACUAAUACACUCAACAAUAAGUGUAAGCUACUAGAUUGGACUGGAAAAGGAGAAGAGGUAGCAGAAGGACGUUGGUCUUCAAAUGAUCCAAAAAUAUUGGUUCAUCACGUUCCUCUAGGACCUAAUGCUGCGAGAGUUUGGGUUGAUGUAGCUAUGAAACCUGAUGCAUUCUUGUGGAGGCCUACUUGUGAUAUAACUUAUAUUGAAGAAUGUGUUGGUACCACAGUUGCAUGGCCAAUUGACAAAGUUGUCAUCGAGUAAAUAGCACUGACAAAGAUUUAAAUGCUUUAUUGGAUUGACGGAUGUCUUCUCCUAACUUGUUGCAAGAGUUCAAGGAGUUUCAUUAUGAGGAAAUAGAAUAAGAUGAUUUUAUUUUAAUUUUGUUUAUUGUCUUUUCGAGCAUAGAUUGCCACUAGUAUUUGAUAUAAAGGCGAAACAUAAUUAGAUUUUAUA